GAUUGUUGCGUCAAAUUGCCAAAAAUAAUGAAUGAACUGUCACAAUAACCAUGAAAUACCUCUGAAACACCAUUUACAUCGGCUGUGAUAAAAAUAUGAAUGAAGCGAGUGGAGGAAAGGAAGAAUCGAAUACACAAACUUGGGACGCACUGUCAAAUAGCCAGCAGUUAUCGGGAUUGACCGGUGCAAUGCACCAUCAUCAUCAUCCCCAUCCUCAUCCCCAUCAUCUGCAUCACACGACCAUGAUGCAGCAGGAGCAGGCGGUAUCGGCUGUUAGCCAGGUUAUCGUGCCAACUCCGGUUAAACUGCAGCCACAAACACUUACGCAAACGGCGGGAAUCGUCGAGCAUUGUCCACCGAUGUCCCAUGUGCCGCAGCAAAUGAUUCCCAUGGGACAGGUGGUGCUCCCAAACACCUUUCCCGAGCCCGAGUUGAGUCCAGAGCUCCAGCAGCAAGGUUGGAAAAGGUUCUGGAGUAAACGAGAGAACCGUCCCUACUUCUGGAACAAGUUAACAGGUGAAUCCCUGUGGGUGAUGCCCUCCCUGAAGCCCCAGUUCGACCCAAUAACGGAUCCCCUGGGCAUCUGCGGUAGUCCAGUGGUCUCUCCAGGCAACGGUCCGCUGCCCCCGGGCACCCCAGGAGGUCCCCUGAAACGUCGAGCCUCGGAGGACGGCAACGCAAUAGCUGGACUAGGCGCAGGUGCAAUAAAAAAAUUCGUCCUGGCAGGCCCCUGGGACCUGGAAGUCGGCACGAACGUGAUAAUCUACGAGAGAGCCCAGUCCACCCUCUUCCAGAUCCACCCCGACGUCGAGGCACUUCGCUGCAGUCUCCUGGCGAAGCUGCGCCAGUGCUACCAGGAGCUCUGCCACACACGAGAGUCGAUAGACGCCCCCAAGGACUCCUUCAACCGCUGGCUGAUGGAACGAAAGGUCAUUGACUGCGGCUCUGACCCUCUACUCCCCAGCCAGUGCUUCCCAGAGAUCUCCAUGUCGAUGUAUCGAGAGAUUAUGAACGACAUUCCCAUCAAAAUUGUUCGCCCUAAAUUCACUGGAGACGCCAGGAAACAGCUGUCGAGGUACGCGGAGGCUGCGAAAAAGAUGAUCGAAUCGCGAGCAGCCUCCUCCGAGUCCCGAAAGGUGGUCAAGUGGAAUGCAGAGGAGACCUUCCAGUGGCUGCGUAAAACGGUGGGCGCAACAUUCGACGAUUUCCAGGACAGAUUGUCCCACCUGAAGCACCAGUGCCAGCCGCACCUGACCGAGACAGUGAAGGGAAGUGUCGAGGGUAUCUGCAUGAAGAUAUACAAUCUCUCGGCAGAGUACGCGAAGAAAGUGCGGGACAAGAACAACCAGAUAAUAAAGGACAGUGGGCUGAGUGACAUUCUGAGGCCGAACGCCCCACCCCAGCGUAAAGUCUGGUGUUACCCAGUGCAAUUUGUGCUGCCAGCCCCCCGACUACCGAACGUCGAGUACCUCCCAGAGAGAGAGCAGACGAUGCUUCGAUUUCACGGCGACACAGUCUGCAUAAACAACCACCACCUGACGAAGCUCGAGCAUUUGUACAGGUACAACUGCUUCGACGACAAGAAAUUCGAGAUGUUCCUGCCGAGGGUGUGGUGUGCACUCAAGAGAUAUCAGACUUACCUUGGAAUCAACGAGGGACAGGCCACGCAGAUGGCCCUGCCAGUCAGUGUCUUCGAGUGCCUCCAAAGGUCCUUCGGAGUCACCUUCGAGUGCUUCGCCUCCCCCUUCAACUGCUACUUCAGGCAGUACUGCUCGGCCUUCGCCGACACUGACUCGUACUUCGGCUCGAGGGGACCUUUCCUGGACUUCAGGCCCAUCACAGGAUCCUUCGAGGCCAAUCCACCGUACUGCGAGGAGCUCAUGGAGGCCAUGGUCAAUCACUUCGAGAGACUCCUGGCGGACUCCACUGAGCCCCUCUCGUUCAUUGUUUUUUUACCCGAGUGGAGGGACCCGGCGCCCAAUGCUCUUGUCAAGCUCGAGGCCAGCCACUUCAAGAAGAAACAGGUCGUCGUGCCUGCUAUGGAGCACGAGUAUAGACAUGGAUUUCAACAUCUUUUGCCAAAAGCUGAAGUGAACAUCAGAGCAGCUCACGGUACCCUAGUAGUCUGGCUGCAGAACGCAGCAGGAGCAGCUCGCUGGGGUCCCACAGAGGAGCGUGUGGAGGCCCUCCUGGAGGCGUGGCGCCCAGGUCGAGAAAGAGAGAGAGACAGACAAGAGCUGCUCUCACCCCCCAGACCAACGACUCACCAGGCAAUACCGUCCACAACGAUUUCCCUGUCGUCAACCUGCACCCCAGCAACGCCAACAACGAUAAACCCCUCGACACCAAUAACCACAGCACCAGCAUCAGUACCACCACAAGUGCCCAGCACAAUUCCCCCAGCGACACUGAACUCAAACUCAACACCAACACCAACGAUAACACCUCUGACAGCGGUAACAGCAGCUAAUCCCAUUUGAAAAUACCCUAGGAUCUCAUUGGUAAGAGUAGUUAGAUUUAUUUAGGGUAAUAAAAUCAUUUAUUUUCUGCUCUGAACAUAUUUAACGUGUAAAUAGGUGAGUUUGCUGAUAAUUUGAAUCAACCUGAUGUUUAGAAUUUUUUAUUUAGAGAUAUGAUCGUGUUUGAUAUCAUUAGAGUUCUAUGGUGAGAAAAAUGUGGAAUUUAAUCAAGUAUUUCUUAGAUAAUGCCGGGUAGAUACGUAAAUCAGUGAAUUUUCGUACUACUGGGGUGUUUUUCCGGCGAGAAAAAUCCGUCGAGAAGCAAUAAAUCGGAUUUGAUACUGUUUGAGGCAAUAUUUCGAUGAAUAUAUUUUUUUUCCUCUGAUUGGGUCACAAGUUCGUCAGACGAGAGUAGAAUAGCAUAGCUUUAUCACCACGCGAGGAGAAUAUAUAGAAGAAUUAUUGGGAAAACGUUACGUUACAAUAAUUGCAAUGUAUCUAUUAUAUAGGUUCAUUAUGGUAAUGUGGAUGAAGUCUAUGUGUUUUAAAUAACUAUUUCGUACAUUAAUCUUUUAUCGAGUAAUGUUAUUUGUUGUGACGACGAGUUGAUCUGUUCUCCUUAAUUUCAACACUUUCUUUUCUGGAGUAUACUGCUGAGAGAUUGAUAAAUUAAAUUGUAGUAUAUUAAAUAUACUUGCCGUGCAAGAUUAAAAAGUCUAACAUGGAAGGGGAACUGAAGUCAUUGAGAUGAUUUGUAGUUUUAGGAUAGUUAUUAAGGAGAGUUAAUUAACGAGGUUGAUUCAAGUGCUAUAAGACAAUGUGCGAUGCCUAAUGUAGUUUAGCUGCGUAAAUGCUGAUUAAUUUCGUGUGGUCAUUAUUUUUUAAUCGAUAAAUACCUUGUAAAUAAAUUAUACAAUGUCAAUAAAUAAUUUUGUUAUAACGUAAUAAGAUUUUUAAUCAACAAUUUCUCACUCAAGGGGUCUCGUGCAGAUUGAACAAGAAUUUUUUCAAAUUUCCACACCUCAAGAAAACAAAGCACAAAUUCAUUGAUAAUUCUCGUGGAGAGCGAUAUAUCUGUAAAUAAAAUAUGGAGGAAUGUAAGAAAAUGUAAAUAUACGUUAUCAGAUCGCA